AUGGCUACCUCGACUCUGACCACUUUGGACUUGUCGGGCAACUUGAUCGGAGACAACGGAGCUCAGGCACUGUCUGAGGCACUCAAGGUCAACUCGACCUUGACCACUUUGGACUUGAGGGGCAACUCGAUCGGAAAAAACGGAGCUCAGGCACUGUCUGAGGCACUCAAGGUCAACUCGACCCUGACCACUUUAAACUUGUUGGGCAACUUGAUCGGAGAAAACGGAGCUCAGGCGCUGUCUGAGGCACUCAAGGUCAACUCGACCCUGACCACUUUGGACUUGGAGGACAACGCGAUCGGAGACAACGGAGCUCAGGCACUCUCUGAGGCACUCAAGGUCAACUCGACCUUGACCACUUUGUACUUGUGGGGCAACUCGAUCGGAGAUAAUGGAGCUCAGGCACUCUCUGAGGCACUCAAGGCCAACUCGACCCUGACCACUUUGGGCUUGAGGGGCAACUCGAUCGGAGAUAAUGGAGCUCAGGCACUCUCUGAGGCACUCAAGGCCAACUCGACCCUGACCACUUUGGACUUGAGGGGCAACUCGAUCGGAAAAAACGGAGCUCAGGCACUGUCUGAGGCACUCAAGGUCAACUCGACCCUGACCACUUUAGACUUGUUGGGCAACUUGAUCGGAGAAAACGGAGCUCAGGCGCUGUCUGAGGCACUCAAGGUCAACUCGACCCUGACCACUUUGGACUUGGAGGACAACGCGAUCGGAGACAACGGAGCUCAGGCACUGUCUGAGGCACUCAAGGUCAACUCAACCUUGACCACUUUGUACUUGUGGGGCAACUCGAUCGGAGAUAAUGGAGCUCAGGCACUCUCUGAGGCACUCAAGGCCAACUCGACCCUGACCACUUUGGACUUGUGGGGCAACUCGAUCGGAGACAACGGAGCUCAGGCACUGUCUGAGGCACUCAAGGCCAACUCGACCCUGACCACUUUGGACUUGGAGGACAACGCAAUCGGAGACGACGGAGCUCAGGCGCUGUCUGAGGCACUCAGGACCAACUCGACUGUGACCAUUAUUGGCGUCAUAUUUUAG